AUGUCUCAAAAGUCGGGAAGAUCUUCUCCAUCUCCAAAAGAGGAUGACGCUCAACUCCAGGUCCCUCCUACUCGAUCAUCCAGAUCUUCCACAUCUUCGCAGCCUGAUGUGGGACCUCAAACUCGCUCGGCUGGUCUUCCCACCAACCUCAAAUUGAAAGUCACCACUCAAAUGAGUAGAUUGCAACUCAUGAAGGACAUCUUCUCCAAGCUGUCCAACAUCUCAACAUGGACUGUGCAAGACCUGUCACACACUCAAGAACAGCUGCAAGACCUUCAUAAGAACUUCUCAAAGACUCACUCCAUCGUCAAUCCUCUCCAAAGUUUGAAAGCUCUAGGUGAAGAUCUAGAGCAGAACAAUAAUCUUUUGGUGUUUCAUAUCAUCAACCGUAUGGAUCACGCCUCUCGAACACAUUGGGAAACUCUCAUCUCCUCUAAUAACGAAUUUCCCUCCUUCGCUCAGUUGAUGGAGUUCCUCCAAUCUCGCUCCAGAGCUCUAGAAUGGACUGAGUCCAACCAGAGACAGUCACCUCAAGAAUCAUCUCGCUCUUGCACAACAGUGCACACCAUCUCUCAAAAGGUUACAGCUCAAAAUAAACCUUCUCCUUCACUCAUCUCAAGCAAACCGGCCUCCUCGAACACUCCAAUCUCAAAAGUCUCUUCUAUGCCCAACUACACCUGUGAUGAUUGUGGACACGACCACUUUAUUGCAGAUUGCCCUCGCUUCUCCAAACGCUCACCUCAAGAAAAAGCUGAUGUAGUAUUACAUCGCAUCCUCGGCUCUAACUGCCUCGGCAGACAUCAUCGCCACUCUUGCAGAACGACAAAGAUCUGCAAAAUCUGUGGAAGUCGUCAUCACACUCUUCUACAUGAUGCUCCUCUCAGCAGUAAACCACACUGCAAAGUUCCACCGGUACCCCCUCGAGUGCUUCCACAAUACGCUCUCACAUCUCAAAAAUCUGCUCAAAGGGAGCUACCUCAACCACGACUCAACACUCUUCUCGCCACUGCCAUCGCCCAUCUCAUCACCUCAACAGGAUCACACACGGUUCGACUACUCAUCGACAGUGGAUCCGAGCUGACCUUCAUCUCUCAAGAUCUAGCAAGAAAACUCAACAUCCCUAGAAGGAAGUCGCAUGUUGUAAUUGUGGGAAUUCAUGGAAAGACUUCUAAGACACAGGGAUCUCUCGCCCUCGCUCUCAAGUCGACGUAUGACCAUCAAACCAUAAAUAUUGAUGCUCACAUUCUUUCAUCAUCUUUCUCUAAUUUGCCUUCCUUCUAUACAUGUUUUCAGCAAUCUCUACAUCUCCAGCAUCUCAAGUUAGCUGAUCCAGAAUACCACAUCUCAAGAGCCAUCGACAUCAUUUUGGGUGCUGAUGUAUAUGGCUCAGUUGUUCUUCCUCAGAUGAAAAAAGGCCCUCCAUCAUCUCCAAUCGCGCAACUCUCAAUCUUCGGCUGGCUAAUCCUAGGACCUGUGUGUCAAGAACAGGAACGCCUUCCAAUCCAAUCUCCAAUGUUUCAUACUGUUCAAGAUGAAGAUCUACAUCAUCUCCUCACUAAGUUUUGGGAACAGGAAGAAAUUCAACCAACGCCUACCUCACAUCUCACCUCUGACGAGCAAGAAUGUGAAAACCACUUUGUCUCCACUCACUCUAGUCUCGCCUCAGGGAAAUACAUGGUAAGAUUACUAUUGAAAUCAUCUAUUGACGUCUUAGGUUCUUCCAGACAACGAGCCUUCCGAUGUCUGCAAGCCUUGAUUCGGAAAUUCGACAAGGAUCCUGACUACUCUCUGCUCUACCACCAAUUUCUCGAUGAAUAUGAACUCCUCCAGCACAUGCAACCAGUCUCGUCAGAAAAGGUCAGCUCAAGAUAUUUUCUUCCUCAUCAUGGUGUUCUCAAAACAGACAGCUCUACAACGAAACUGCGAGUAGUCUUCAACGGCUCCAGCCCCACCUCGACUGGCAUUUCUCUCAACGAUAUUAUGCACACCGGAGCGAAACUACAACUCGACGUGAUUGAUGUUCUUAUGUGGGUGCGUAAAUUUAAAUUUGUCUUCUCUACAGAUAUCACAAAGAUGUACAGACAGAUUCUUGUUCAUCCUGAUGAUUGGGAUCUUCAAAGCAUCCUUUGGCUCGACUCAAACAACAACGUGAAGACAUACCAUCUCACAACAGUCACAUACGGAACUAGAUCAGCUCCAUUUUUGGCAAUCAGAGUUCUUCUCCAACUUCUCAAAGAUGAGGGUCACAACUUUCCACUAGCCAUUCCUCCAUUAACGAAAGGUCGUUAUGUCGAUGAUAUUUGUGGUGGAGCAGAUACUGAACAUCAACUUCUCGAAAUUGCCAAACAACUCCAGAACCCUUGCAUGGCGGCCGGCCUUCCGCUAGCAAAAUGGCAGUCAAACGUCUCAAGUCUCUCUCACGUCACUCAAGAGGAAGAAUCAACAUCCACUACAAUCUCAUUCGAUGAAGGUUCUCACUCAACUAAAGUGUUAGGUCUAAUCUGGUACCCUCAAGAGGACUAUUUCACUUUUAAAAUGAAACUCACCAAACAACUACUCUACAUGUACAAGGCACUGUGGCACCGCUCUCAACAACUCAUGGCACAACUACCUACAUCUCAAGUGCAGCCAUCUCAUCCAUUCCUCUACACUCUGAGGAUUGAAAGCAGUCUGUUCGCUCCAGUUAUGGGUGGAUUGAGUAGCUCAGACACUGGAGUGAUGGAUUGCCUCAACUUCCUCACAAUGGAUAAUUUACGAAGACCUACUCGAUUAUAA